UCGGCGCUUGUUAUCCCUUAACAAAGUUCCCUGCACUUUCCCGUGUUUCAGACGCAGGACUGUUCGUUUUAAAAAAAACCCUCUGGUCAAACUGCCAUCUCUCAUUCGGACCCGAGAGGAAGAAGAGAGCAUCCCCCUUGAAGAUGCUUCGCGCCUCCUCCCACUGAAUUUCCUGAGGUGAAGCGGUGCAGACAUCUCUCCGCGGGCUUCAGCGUCUCCCCGUUGACAGCGGAGGGCUCGCCGGAGAGCGAACCGGUGCGUGCGGCGCGAUGGCGGGAUGCUGCGUGUCGGCGGAGGAGAGGGAGAACCAGAGGAUCAACGAGGAGAUCGAGAAGCAGCUGCGGAGAGACAAGAGGGACUCGCGCAGGGAGCUGAAGCUGCUGCUGUUAGGUACUGGAGAGAGUGGAAAGAGCACCUUUAUCAAACAAAUGAGGAUUAUCCACGGAGGAGGAUACACAGCUGAGGACAAGAGGAGCUACGCCAAGCUGGUCUACCAGAACAUCCACACGUCCAUGCAGACGAUGAUCCGAGCCAUGGAGGCACUCAGUAUAUCUCUCUCUGAUCCCCAGAACCAGAACCAUGCCAACUCAGUCCUGGAGGUGGAGGUAGAUAAGGUGGAGGAGUUAGAGGAAAGCUAUGUGACAGCCCUCAAGAGUCUGUGGAGCGACGGAGGAAUACAGGAGUGCUACGACCGACGCAGGGAGUACCAGCUGUCGGACUCCACCAAAUACUAUCUCAGUGACCUGGAUCGAAUUUCACAGCCCUCUUAUGUGCCCGACCUUCAGGACAUCCUCAGGGUCCGAGUGCCAACCACGGGAAUCAUUGAAUACCCAUUUGACAUGGAGAAUGUCAUUUUCAGGAUGGUGGAUGUGGGGGGUCAGAGGUCAGAGCGGAGGAAGUGGAUCCACUGCUUCGAGAACGUCACCUCCAUUAUCUUCCUGGUGGCGCUCAGUGAGUACGACCAGGUCCUGGCUGAGUGCAACAACGAGAACCGUAUGGAGGAGAGCAAGGCUCUGUUCAAAACCAUCAUCACCUACCCCUGGUUCCAGCGCUCCUCUAUCAUCCUCUUCCUCAACAAGACCGACAUUCUCAAGGAGAAGAUCGUGUACUCUCACUUAGUCACCUACUUCCCUGAAUUUACAGGACCUCAGCAGGAUCACGUAGCAGCUCAAGAAUUCAUCCUGAAAAUGUACCAAGCACAAAACCCGGACAAGGACAAGACGCUGUACCCUCACUUCACCUGUGCCACAGACACUGAAAACAUCCGCUUCGUCUUUGUGGCCGUCAAAGACACCAUCCUGAGACACAACCUCAAGGAGUUCAAUCUGGUGUAACAAGGAAGAGGAGAGCAGGAGAGGAGACAAAGGGAUACAAGAGGAUAGAAGGAAAGACAUGAGGACAGCCAAAAUAAGAAUUACAUUUUUUUUUUUUAAACUUUUCAGAUUUAAAUAUUUUCAUUUCAAACAAGCGAGGUCUUACGUGCCUAUACAGAUCCAGCCAAAGAGAGUCCGAACAUGUUGUUACAGAGAUACCCAUCUAGUAGUCUUUACUGUGAAAUGCAGUGAAUGAUACCUUCCUGCAGAAAGGAGAAUGUGAAAAUUAGUGGAAAGUUACACCACAGACCCAUUAUGUGGACGACUUUUUAUUCUUUCUUAGAUCCUGUUUCCAUGUAGCUUUGAGUGCUUUGAUUGAUAAAUAGUGAGAGUUCCCUUUAGCCUCUUAUGAUUUUAUAUUGUGUAGAAAUGCCCCCCCCCCCUUCUCCUAACAACACUGAGCCACCUGUGUCUGCUUUUGCCUUCAAGUGCCUUAUUUACUCAGGACAGUCAGCAGAGCCACUGAGCUGACCUUGUGUUAGAUGUAAAUAAUCUGAGUUGUGCUUUUAUAAAACCUUACUUAACCGUUUCUUCUCAGGUGAGAUGGAAAUUAUA